AUGAACACUGAUUGUCAUUUGUAUACGUUACCACAAAUCGAAUCGGAUGAUAAUAAUGAUACAGAUUCUGAUGAUUCUGAUCUCGAAGUGAUAUCGGUGAUUGAUGAGACAGAAAAUAUUGCAAUUUCGAUCAUGCAUCAUUUUAAUCUCGAUAGUGAUGAAGACAAUGACGAUAACGAAGAAGCAUUUGAUGUUCAACAGUCGAAUUCAGUUAUGAAUUCAAAUGAUAAUGAACUUAAUGAAGGUUCAGAUGGUCUCGACCAAGAUAUUAUACCCAGUAACCAAUCACCUUUAUUCACUUCAUCAUCAACUUUAUCUAAUUCGGUGGAGGGGAGUCCACCAUGCAAACGUAAACGUCGACAGUGGUCAGUUGCAGAGAAGUUACGUGCAAUUGAUAUGCUGGAAAAACAUGGCGGUAAUAAGCAACUCACGUCAAUAAAAGAAGGCUGUUCAAGAUUUCAGUUGUCUCAAUGGGCGAAACAAAAAGGAAAUCUUAUUAAACUAUCAAGACAAAAUCAUGGACGCAAACGAAAACGUCUUCCUGGUGCCGGGCACAAGCUGCAAUACCCUGAACUUGAUAAAUUGCUUCUCGAAUGGUUUCGAGAACGUCGUACUGCUCCCAACGAUCAAUCAAAUGUAUCGACAAUGACUACAUCAAUCGUCGUUAAACGAGAAAAAGUUACAUUUAAACAAUUACAACGAAGUGGAAAACAGUUUUCUAUCGAACUCAAGUAUGAACAUCCACCAUCGACGAAGUGGUAUGGUAGAUUCAUGCGUCGUCAUCGUCUAUCGCUUCAAAAACCAAAACGACAACAGAAAUUGCCACUCAAUGAGGCUCAUCUACUCAUUAAUUCAUUCCAUACAUAUGUCAGGCGGGCUAGUACAUGGGGUCCAAAACGUGGCGCGAUGGGGGCCUUCUUACCUCGUGACGUUGUAAAUAUGGACGAAAGUCCACUAAGUUUAUUUGGUGACCAAACAAAAUUAUCGAUCAAUGAUGUAAAUACAGUAAAUGAGAUUGAAGGUCACGUAUCAGACAAACGUUUCUGUACUGUCAUACUAACAGUAUUUGCCGAAGAUAAUUCUCGUGUAGGCCCAGUAGUAUUAUUCAAAGGAAAAGGCCAGGUGAGCGACCAAGAGAAGAUACAAUAUGCAUCUAAUGUCAAAGUUUUCUUCACACCAAAAGCAUUUAAUAAUCGACCAACAAUGGAUAAGUAUAUUAGCUGGUGGCACUCAAAAGUGAAUGAUGGACAACCAAAGUUAUUUAUUACCGACUCAUCAUCUACUCACUUAAAUGAAGAGACAAUUCGUCUCAUGCGCCAAAAAAGAGUUGUUGUUGCUGUGAUUCCGAAGGGCUGCACAAUGUACAUCCAAUCAUUGGAUGUUCAUGUAUUUUCUACAUUCAAACACCAUCACUAUGAAUGUGCCGAAGAAUGGAUUGAAAAAAACGGUGGUCGAUCGAAAAUCAAAUUAACUGCAGCACAGUCACGAAUAUUGUGCACUCGACUCGUGUCAUCAGCGUGGUCUCGCACGCUCAAAAGUAUUGAUCCAAUGGCAUCAUUUCUUGAGCUAGGAUACGUCUGGAAAGAUAAUAGCCUGGUGCGACCUCCGAGUAUUCCAGGCUAUUGCUUUGAUCCGACUGAUGUUGAUUAUUCCACUAACAAAGAUCCAAAUGUAGCCGAUGAUAAACGUAUUGAAGAAGAAGCUCGUAAAGCUACUGAACAACACAAUCGAAGUCUUAUGAAGAACACACAACAAAAGACUCUGCUCGAUAUGUGGAAAAAAAACUAA